AUGGCGAGAAGAGGCAACUACGCGGCAAAAGACCUUGAGACGAAGAUGCAGAUACUGCGAGAUGUGGAACGUGGGCAGGACUCGAAAACGGAGAUUGCAAAGAACUACGGCAUAAAGAAGAGCACACUGUCGACCUACAUCAAGAACAAAGGUGCCAUCUUCAGUGCGCACGAGAAAGAAAACAUGGAGCCUUCAAGAAAGCGACUUCGGACGUCAGCUCAUCCCAACGUUGAGGAUGCAGUGAUCACCUGGAUCAAGCACGUGCGGAGCCGGAACCUACCGUUGAGCGGCCCCAUCAUUGCUGCAAAAGCGCGAGAUUUUGCAAGCCAAAUGGGCAUCGAGGACUUCACAGCGUCGGAAGGGUGGCUUACACGCUUCACGGCACGCCAUGGGCUCACCUUCAGGAGUGUUUGUGGUGAAAGGGCUGACGUCGACAACGCCACGUGUGAGCAAUGGUUGUCCGGAAAACUCCGCGAACUCCUGGCAUCGUAUUCACUGGACGAUGUGUUUAAUGCUGACGAGACUGUCCUGUACUACAAGCUGCCACCAAACAAGACCAUAACCUACAAGGACGACAGCUGUGCCGGAGGGAAGAGGAGCAAGGUGAGGAUCACCGUCAUGGUAUGCGCAAACGCAACUGGCACAGAACGGUGCCGUUUGCUUGCGAUCGGCAAAGCAAGCAAGCCCCGCUGCUUUAAGGGCAUCAGGACAUAUCCCGUAGACUAUAAAGCCAACACAAAAGCUUGGAUGACGGCCAAAAUCUUCGCAGACUGGGUUCGCACGCUCGACAGGAAAUUUGCUUCACAAGGGAGGAAGAUUCUCCUGUUUGUAGACAACUGCACUGCCCACUGUGAGGUCCAGGGACUAAAAGCGAUUCGACUGGCAUUCUGA